AUGAUCAGAUCUGCGUCCGUUACCGCGUUAACGGAGAGCCAUUUGAUGCUUGUGAAGGCAUUUUAUCACGCCGAAAAGCCUGCCGUGCUUGCUCCAUCGACAGGGACUUGCGAUGACUUGGCAUGCUUCGACUGGUGCCCGUCUUCGCCCAUUUCCGCGCUCACCCAGUCCUUGCCAUCCCUAUUCCCACCCUCAUCUCCUUACACAUGCAUCUCGGAUGCCAUGAAGGCGAUGGAGGAAGAAAAGCCUAACGCGGAUUUCUGCUCGAACGACCCCCCGAUGUCGACAGGCGGUGGCGAGGAGCUUCUGUCGCAAUGGGAUGUAACACCUCAAGAUGAUGCGCGUCUCUUAAAAUCUCCUGUGACUGCCGUGUCGUCUCGCAAGCGGCGUCCGUUCCCUGGUGACACCAACUCCGGCGCGAGCAGCAGUGAUUGCUGCGACGGCGAGCACGGCGUUUCUGCACCCACGCUUCGCCUCCCCAUUCAAGGGGCGCCACCUGAGAGUUGCGGGGCCUGCACGGAAUGCACAGAAGGCACAAACCUGCGGUUGUCCGCCGGCAAUCCGAUUGCGAACGACGUGGAGCGCACUCCUGGCGCGCACCCCAGUGACACGAGCAAGGGUAAUAUCGCAGCCAUUGCCACAGCUCCCGGCAGGCCGUCGAGCUGUCGUCCUCGGCCGCUUCCCGCGUCCAUGCGGCUGACUAUGGCGGACAUCAAAUGCGUCAUCGGGCUCAAAACAGCGCCUCCCACCAAAAAACCACGGAAAGGAGAAGUCGCCGCGCUGGCAACACAACCGUGCACUGCUGGUAGUAAGCUGCACUUGGAGCACACGCGCGCACUGUCGCCGCAUCGCGGAGCACCGCCUCUUCCGCACCCCACGCGAGCCAACCUUCUCCACUCUCGUUCUUCUGCUGGUAUCGCCAUUCCUUCGGAUCAAGCGCAGCACGAGCCAUCUCGCUGCCCGCCAGGUGUUGCCGCAACCCCCGCCCACUUCGGCGCGCCUCAACUGACUUCUCCGGCUGGUUCUCCUCCGACUCCGUCGCCGUUGGCGGAAGCAGUCGUCACGUGUCACUGUGACGAGGUGGGCGCCAACGGCUACUCAUCGCUGCGCUCUCCGUGCUGCUGCCCGCCGCCCGACUCCAUGCAGGGCGCCCCCUGCAUGCCGCCCCUUGCAACCUACCUUCCAUCUACCAUUGCAGCCUCGCCCUUUUCAGUUGCCGCAGCUGCAGCUGAUCCCCACUGGGCGAGGCUUGGUGGCGGGAUGGGCAACAGCAGCAGCAGUCCGGACUUGGAGGCCGUGCUUCCCCUGUCCGCCCGCCAGCUGCCCACCAUGGCAUGCGCCACUGCGCGCUUCCUCCACUCGCCGCCGCUUGCACCACCCCAGGUAGCUCCCUACCCUCACAUACUCGGCAUGGGCAUGGGCGUGGACGGGGGUAUGAUGGGGUGUGGGUUCCGAGUAGGAUCUGUUGGUUUGGAGUGCGGGAGUAGCGAGGAGGAGGGAUGCACUUGUGGUGCGGGGAGGACAUGGGAUAGGGAAGAAACUGAACCAGGGCAGAUCCCAGGCCCAUGGCUGUCCAUGCCAGGAGCAGCGGCUAGUGCUGGGCUCCCCCCAUGGCUCUCGACGCCCUCCUGCCACGUUCAGCCCCUGCAUUGGCAGCAGAACCAGCACCAGCAGCAGCAAGAAGUGGAUGCGUACUCUGUGCCUUUUCCGAUAAUGGACCGUGCUUUGCCAUGGGAGGCAAACGUGCAUGCUGGUGUUACUGGAUCCCCAGCAGGGGGUAUUGUUUGGCAGCACAGAGAUGGUGGGGCUGCAGAGUUCACAGAGCGAGCAGCACCUAGUCCUGUUGACAAGCUUGCUGCAAGAGAUUGGGACACAGAAGCGGGACAAGAUGCGCCUCACCAGGUCAUGGAGCAAAAGUUGGCAGCUAAGGGAGACCAUGCAAGUUCAGGCGAUGAGAAGGAAGUCAAAAGGUGA